AUCUCGCAUAGAACAAACCGGGUCUGUUCGGUCCCACCUUCACUCCGCAGAUAGCUGCCUGCCGUGCUACGGAGUGGUUGCUGAGAGACUGCGUGGACGACGAAGAGGUCGAGGAAUACAACCAGCAUGUCGGGUUGCCUGUAUUCUGACUGGUGCGAGGUGUACCUCUGCGGUAGGCCGCUUCAGCAGGGCAGCUCCAUCAAUGGCGCCUGUCAACGCCUUUUCCCUGCUGACGUCUUCGUCGCAGUCGGCAAGUGGCAACUCGUGGGCGAUGCAUUGGCUCCUCGUGUUCGACUACGGCGAGGACGAGGUGCUCAUCUGCGACGCCGACAACCACGAGGGAGACCUGACGGGGCGCACGUACUGGAAAAAGAGGGCCGCUCUUGAGAACUACGGAAAGAAGAGAUAUCUCGCGAAGCGGAACAUUCCCAAAGAACGCAUUGACCAGCUACUGAGGAAGAUGUGCGACUACGGCCAGUACCAUUACACCGAGAACAACUGCCAGAAAUGGGCCCGAGACCUCCUGCAUGAACUGGACAUUGAAAUGCCCUCUGAUGAAGUCGAUGCCCGUACUGUUGUGACCAACUACAUACAGCCGGCAGCAAGAGUCAGUGCCGUGGUAGUGGGUGCCAGGUCUGCUCGGCGCACUCAUCUUCAGUGGUGGUGCCCGUCGGAACAGACGGGAUUAGACUGAACACUACUUAGCAUCGGUUUUCUGCAAAAAUAUUGCUUCGAAAGUUAGGGUGCUAAGUUAUUUUUCUAGGGCAGUUUUGCCAAUUUUCUUGUCAUUGCAAUCCGUGUUCGAGUAACUCCAAAAACAUGUUAGCAGAGACAUGAAAGCUUGAAUGCCAGUUGCUGUAUUGUGCAGUGGAGUGUAAUGAUCUUCCUCUUGGCGCUGUUUGAUUCUCAGAAGCUACAUUCAUCUCGGCAACACACUGGUCCGGGUUUCUGUCGUGGACUGCGCAAGUAUUCCAGAAGGCUCGUGUGUUUGAACCCUGUACCGGUACUCUACAUUGCCUGCGGCGUACCCAGAGAAGCGAUUAAAAAAAUUACGAAGCAGCUGCGUACAGCUCCACGGAAGACGUAAUAAAUUUGAAAGUGGGUACUGGGUCCUGAGACGCAUGUCACAUCU